CGAUACGGUGGAAGAGGCGGCCGAAGAGGACGACCUGCUCGUAGACCUAGCCGAGGGCAGCAAUCACUCGUUCCGGACAUUCAACCACGCCUACGCCGGCUCGACGACGCUAGCGAUAAACACGAUCAUGCACCGCGCGUACCGAGCCUCGCUAAGCUGGCGCACGCUCUUCCGGGUAGACGAGGUCCUCGCUAAGGAGUCGGCCGCCAGGACGAGCCAAGGCCAUAAGCGGCAGGGCUCUGCUCUCGAGACGGGUGUCGUCGGUGCCUAUAAGAAGGCACGACUCCGAUCGAGGCCAGAGGCCACAGAGAUAGAGCUCGUCGCGGCGGCGCGCACGCUCUAUAAUAAUCCGAGCAUGCAGCUACGGAGGCCCGGGCAGCGAGAGGCUAUCCUAGCGGCCCUAGGCCCGCGGGCAGCGGAGCAGGUGGUCGUCGUGCUAGCCACCGGCUCCGGCAAGACGCUGCUCGUUAUGCUCUCGGCUAUGCUAAAGGGGGCCGGGACGACGAUCCUCAUCCUACCGACAGUGGCGCUCCGAAGCAAUAUACUCGAGCGGCUACGUGAGGCCGGCGUAAAGGCGAUCGUGUGGGCGCCGGGCGAGUCGAGAGCGGCGCCCUUGGUAAUCGUAUCGGCCGAGGCCGCGUGCACAAGAGGCUUCCUCGACUAUGCCUUCCGGCUCGAGGCCCAGCAGCGGCUCGACCGGAUCGUCGUCGACGAGUGCCACCUCACGCUCACGGCGACCUUCCGUAAGAGCAUGGUCCGGCUCGGCUCGUUCGUGCGCCAGGUGCGGACCCAGUCCGUGUGGCUCACGGCGACGCUACCUCCGUCGUUCGAGGAGGCCUUUGCGCGCCAGAACUUCCUCGUGCGGCCGCGGAUCGUCAGGGAAUCGACGAACCGGGCGAACGUUCGGUACCGUAUCGAGCGAUAUAGAGGCCCAGGCACGCUAUGCGAUCAGACGGUCGAUUUCGUACGGAAUCUACUAGCGAGCGGGGGCGGACUUGAGCUCGAUAGAGAUACUACGCAGGACGAUAGUUACGGGAAAGCGAGGAUGAUUAUCUACUGCCCCACGCUCGACGCCGUCACCGAGCUCGCGGAGGCACUCGGCUGCCUAAUGUAUGUGGGGGACCGCGAGAUGAUGAGCAGCGAGGAUAAGGACGCCGCGAUCGAACGAUGGCUCCACCCGGCCGGCUCGCCCGUGAUCGUCGCCACGUCUGCGCUCGGGGUCGGCUUCGACUAUCCCCACGUGCGGUGGGUCGUCCACGCCGGCCCCCCGCGGCGUAUGACGGACUUUUCGCAGGAGUCAGGCCGGGCUGGCCGGGAUAGGAAGCCUGCCGAGUCUAUUAUCCUCCUAAGCGCCGGAUGGCGGCCAGGCGAACCCGCCGACCUAGACGAGGAGUCUAUGCAGCUCUAUCUCACGGGACGGCACUGUCUACGGGCCGUGAUAAGCCAGUUCCUCGACCAGCCGCUCGACUGGCGAUGGUGUAUGGCGGACGAGGACGAGCUGUGUGGCGUCUGCCCACGGCCAUACACGGAGCCGCGGCCCGUCGGACAGCUGAUUCUACCGGACGUAGCUAAGAAAGCAGAGGCCACGGAGCUAGGGCAGGACGCCACUACGGACCCGGGCCCCGUGUAUAUCGGCUCCACGGAAACGAACGAGUACACAGGCCCGGAUGAGGUGCUUCGUCGUGCCAGGCUCGAUGAAGAGACGCUUGGUCGGUUCGAGGCCCGUCUCGAGGCCAUGCGUGGCUGCUGCCUGCUCUGCCGGAUCGAGGGCGGAAGGCCGUUUGACCACGCCGCCGCGACGUGUGGCCGGCGGUGGCCGUGGAUCCGGGCCAAGGAGAAGACGAUCCGUGCUUGCCGGGACGAGGGCAAGCCGUGGAUGGCUAAGUUCACGGCGUGCUUCCGCUGCUAUAUGCCCCAGGCUCUAUGCACUAUGGCCGAUCCAGACGCGCGGGCCACGCAAGACAGCGCGAACGAGUGUCGGUUCCGGGAUAUAGUUAUGCCACUAUGCUACGGUGCAUUCUUCCGAGCGGGGCCGCGGGCGUUGAUCAAGAAGCACUCGCCGCGGGCGUUCCGGAAUAUCGACGACUAUAUGCGCUGGCUCGGGGAGCCGUCCGAGCUAGGGGGCACUCUAUGCGUGCAGGCCGUACGAAUAGCCGAUAUAUUACUCCGCGAAAUAUAG